AAGAGGGCGGCACACAUUGUACUUUUGAAUGUGUCUGCAAAGGCUCAUGACACACACACGAGCAUGCAGAAAAUCAUUACAGCUAUGAUGCAGGAACACACAUGUGCGAUGAGUGGUGAGGAGAGGCGUCCUUGACAUGUUUGUGUUUCAUUAACUUGGUGCUGUUGGUCUGAUGGUGGAGUUUGGACCUGGAGGAACGGAGAGAAGAGAGGAGAGGAGAAGCACAACUCUUUAAUAAGCAGGAGAGGAAGAAUGGGAUAGAGGUAAACUUCUAGCUGAGGACAUGGACUGAGAAGUAUACCAGAUGGACAUGGGCAAAGAGCGACUCACACGGGGACUGCUGCUGCGUCUGGGUGUCCUGCUCACAGCUGUGUGUGUGUGCGUUCAUGUGUACCUGGAAACAGGUUGGCGAGGAGCACCUGCACCCCUGGGACGUCCCACCCAGUCCAGUCAGAACAGGGGCCAACAAAGCCGAACCAAACCGGCAACAGAAGACCAGGACAGAAGCCUUAAAAGAAGAGUCUCAUAUGUCCGAACACUGAAGAAGGACGCCCAAGUUAAGAAGAAGGAUGAAGACAGAGAGGAGCCCUCGCCGCCCUGCUGCCCACCUCUCCGCCCGCACAGAAAGACUCCUCGGUGGCAUAUAGACUUAGAGCCCUGGGCCAGUAUGAGUCAUUCUCUGGAGGAUGAAGCUAAAAGGUUCCUCGACUACAUCACAACACCACAAGUGUCAUGUGCAUCGUUGGCCAGUGGGGAAGCUGCUCAGGAGGGGACCAAAGGUGGCUGGGCUGCGUGUCUGGACCCCAAGUACAGCCUGACCCACAAAAUACAAAGCAAACACUGCAGGGUUUACUCUUUCGGGUUGGGUGUGGAUGAUCGGUCCCUGGAGCGCUCUCUUGCAAAGGCAGGAUGUGAGGUCCACUGCUUUGAUCCCAGUCUGAAGCAGCCUCACCUGCAGCAUGCUGAAAUGUGGCUCCAUCGACUCUCUGUAGACUGGAGGGAUCCCAACCCGGCUAUCAUUGCCCAGCGUCAGUACGCCAACACCAAGAAACUGGCCACCAUCCUUAAUGACUUUGGACACAGACAGGUGGAUGUACUGAAGGCGGAUAUGGAGAGCGCAGAGUGGAAGAUUCUGGAGAACUUGGUCCUUGAAGGAGUUCUGGACUCGGUGGGUCAGCUGUUGCUGGAGCUUCACCUGCACUGGGCAGGCUUUGAGGUGGGCGGAGACGACCCAUCUGUGGUGCGGUACUGGUUCAGCGUGCUCAAGGAGCUCGAGCACGCCAACUUCCGCCUCUUCCACGUCCACAGCGACCCAGCCAAGCCUCGUCUCUUCUUGCAUAAGAACGUCCUCAACGCCAGCAGUGCUUACACAUUGAGCUGGGUGAACACAGAGUGGAAGCCCUGAGGGAAUCCAGACUGAGUGACUGAACCGAAAAAGAGCCGUUAUCUCGGCCAGAGCAGCUUCUGAAUGGAAAUGUACGAGUUUGUAUAACACAGAGUUUGAAGUCGGAGCACAUAUUCUUGCUAGAUCACAGCUGUACAACCAGAAACUGCUCUUAUCUAGCCUGACCUUUUUGCAAAGCAGAAAUCCCUGCUCCUACUUAUCCUCCUGCUCUUCCUCUCCUGGCCUGUAAUGACCUCAGCCGUGUAGAGAGGGGGGUGGUGUAAUUGCCUCCAGAGGCUCCCUGUGUUCUACCUCAUAGUGGUGGUGUUGUUGGCUGCAGGUCAGCGUCUGAGUCACAGCCACCCCUGUCAUCAUGGUCCUAUCUGAGCUUGGCUCACAGCCGGCCUGAUAUUAGACAACCUUUACAGAUUACAGUAGGCUGCACAGACCCUCAGACCACACCUCUUAAAUGUUCAGUGUCAAGGAUUUAGGGGGAUAUAUUGGCAGAAAUGGAAUAUUAAAUAAUUAUUAUGUUUUCUCUGGUAUGUAUUCAAGCUAAAAUAAGUGUUUUCGUUAGCUAAGAAUGAUCCGUUUAUAUCUACAUAGGAAGCGGUACUCCAUGGAGAUCGCUGUGUUGCUACAAUAUCCCAGAACAAACCAGCUAAACACUGGCUCUAGAUAGGGCCAUUCACAUUUCGUGUCGGCCACUGCAGGUAGCAGCCCUCUCUGCUUUAUUCAGUGUUUUUACUGGUUUAAAUCACUGGGUCCGUUUUAAGGCUGCCCCCCAAUGGUUGACCAAAUGUUAGUCAAAUCAGAAAGGUCAUAAGUUGGCAAGAUUUCAAUGGUCACUUAGUCGCAGAAAGAAACUCUAUUAGGAGCAGCGACUCGUCAAAGUCAAAAUAAAUCAAAACCUAUUUAUCUGGACCAUGUGGGAAUUUAAGACACUGGAAGUGGCCAUGCUCAGCAGUCAGACAGGAGUCACAUUACAAACCAAUCACACCUGACAGAUAUCUUUCCCUUCUUCUGUAAAUAUUCAGUCUGAUAAAUACGGAAAAGUUGAUCAUGUUAGUGCAGGGCUACCCAGAGCUUUACAUCUGUCCCACAGACGACAGGCCUACACUUUCAGAAGAUCAGCUUUGCACUCAGGAAUUCAGGUAAAUAGUCUAUACGGUGCUUGUUAGGAUUACUUAGCAACCUAAGAUGCAACCUGCCGCAGUGCUCUUGAAAGCUGGCACAGAUUUCCAGGCUAUACGAUGCUUGUUAAGGUUGUGUUGCUACAUCAGACGCAACCUGCCGCCGCACUCUUGAGAUCUGGCACAAAACUUGCGCCCAGUGCCUGACCUUAAGUUUUCUAGGCGGUUAAUUUCCAGGGCUGGUACUUGCGGUUAUUCCACAGGCAAAUUAAUAACAAGUCGGGCAGGAAAUCCAAAGUGUGGGAUCAUUUUGAGAAGGUGAAGGACGAACCCAAGGUGAUAUGUAAACUCAUCUUCAUUGGUCGACUACAAACAUGACGUAUCAUCUGAAACAUGGAAGUAGCUACAUGCCCAUUAGCCACUUAGCACAAUCAUUACUGCUUUGCCGACAGAGUCAUUAACAGGCGGCUCACUCAGUGUGUGACGUGCACGUGUAAAUAAAAUAUAGGCCUAUAUUAAUGAAGGUUCAUCAGUACGGUUUUGUAUUUCUCUGUAAUGCAGCACAGUGUUAACAAUGUUACUGAUACUGUUCUUUCUCACACCUUCAACUCAAACCAUUGUGUUGCUCUGCCCAAAAUAUAUCAUUUAAUAAUUAAAUUAAUAUCAAAAAAAUGUGGGCGACUAGUCGACUAAUGGCCCUAAACGACAACUACUGGUCAACUAGGAAAAUUUGUCGUCGGGGGCAGCCCUUGUGCUUCUGUUCAGAGAGAAAGACCUCUGCGGAUAAUUCAGCUUCCAGUAAAACCUCGUAAAAAUGUUUGGAUCUAAAGUCAUCAGAGAAAAAACAUGAGCACACAUUAGCAGGUGCUGAGCUAACCCCCUGUCUCCCACAAGCAAACAGUGUUGGAGAAACACUGAUUUGUAAAGUGAAACUGCUUUAUUUAACGUUCUUUAUCAGUUAUAAUCACCUGCUCUGUUUGUUGUGGAGAGGAAGAGACCUCUGUGAAUAAUCUGGCUCCUGUUAAAAGCCUUCUGUACAUUAAACAAUGAAAAAAUUCUAACCUGGAGAAGCAUCAGCUGCAAUCUGCAAUCCUCACUGCCAGCUGACACUAAAUCCCCCUAAAUCCUACACACUGCUCCUUUAAUAGAACAUGAAUUAGUGGAAAUGGAUACAUGACGUCAAAGAGGGUGGAUGGAUGAAAGAUUCUGUCUCAUUGACAGUAAGUGAGUAUAUGUGGGAGGCAAUUGGAGCUGCUUAAACAGAAAGAGAAUAAGCAAUGGAAUGUGGGUGAUAAAAGUAAAGAGAUGGGAUCUGCUCCGGAGGCUGAAGAAGAUAUCUGGGCGAACAGACGCUUCCCUGCAGUUGAACCCUGAUACGAUUGUAUCUAAAAACACAAAACCCAACAAUAAUGUGAAGAACGUCACAGUGAUGUCUCCAGAUUUGUUCAGUGUGUUUGUUGGAUAUUUGAAUGAGAGCGCGUGGGCGAGUGCGUGGGAAAAAGACAAAAAGAAAAGAUGAACUCCAAUUAUCUUCUUUUUUUUUCCAUAUUGCAGUUUCCUGGGUUAUAAUAGAAAAACAACAAUUGAGAUCCACACAAAGACGCAUUUUGUGUGACUGUCAGUUCUUUUCCGUCUUCUGUUUUUCUUCUGGUGUUCAAUUGGCCUCGCUCCACUAUCUCUGCUGCACCAGAACUUCACCAACAAACUUCAUCUGAACACGCAGCGCUGGGCUGACAACCUCAAAAGAGGAUCCACAUUCAAAAAUGAUCCAAUUAAUGUAACUUGCCAAAUAUUUUGAUGUAGUUUAAUAAAGAAAGGAAAGAUGAAAGGUUUGAUGACUCCAUGAUUUUGUGUUGAAUUAUAGAUGAAGAAACAGUUUCUCCAGGCGAUGCUUUGCUUUCUUAAAGAACUAUUUCACUCAAGAUGGUCUGUUCAUGAAACUGGGCCGUCUGUGCAGUAGAAAGACGCAAAUACUUUUAAAAUCUGUGAUAUACCAGAGAAAAGGGUUUUUCUGCCUGUUUUUAUAAUGCAGGAAACAGUAUGAUGCCCGCCAACUGUUAACAAAUUCUCGUAUUACAGCUAAACAGUGCACUUAAAUAUGUUACUGAAGACAUUUUAGGCAUGAAAUUGGCAAUGCAGUAACAGAAUCUUGGUUUAUAUUUGAUCAGCACUGCCUCGUUUUAGUGUUUGAUUGGAGUUUGGUCUGAGAGAAAUAGGGACGGGUCUCUAUCUCGAUCCGCUUCUGUACUCUUAAGCCCCGUUUCCACCAACCACUUUUCGCUAUGGUAACCAAAAGUAACCCUGCAGACGUGGUACCUAGACCCUAGCGUUUCCACCGCAAACAGUACUCUUAAAUGUGGGCGGGGGUGGUGUCACUCUUGUCGCUCCGUCCAGCACUGACUGUGUUUCCUCCUUUAUCAGUCUACCCCUCGUUUAUCGUCCACAGAACGAGGCUGUAUGCCGACAUUUUUAGAACAAAAUAAAACAGGCUGCAGUGAGAGUCUCUCUCCAUGGGAUAUUUAAAAAUAGCAGGUUUGUGCAUUUAGUCCUUCUCAGGCAAGCUCAGGGGUUUAGUGUUGCUGUUGCCCACAGGAACAAUGCUCCACAUAGCUUUUUUUUUUUCUCUGAGUGAGGAUUAGAGUAUAUGCAGUUCACAUAACCUGGUCAAAAUCAGUAUAUAUAAACACGUAAAGAUCCACUCAUUACUAAAAAUGUACGUCGUAUAAAAACUAAUGGAAUGGUCAAAGUUGAAAUGUUCACAGCUCCACCUUUUAGUACCAGAUCUGUGUGCUAGGUACCCCAACUAGUAGUACUCACGAUAUGCGAUAAGUCGGUUAAUUGCACGGUAAAUUAAAAGGGAGACGGUAACUUUCCCGGCUGCGAUUAAUUGCCAUAUUCAUGCGUGUUUGUUUUCCUCGUCUCUCUCCACCAAAGAGACUGGACGACAAGAGCGUUCACUGCCGCGCAUCGUCUGGCAGCCAGGUGAGUUGGUUCAUUAGCGUAAUGAAUGGAGGGAAAGCUCUUGUCAUCAAGUGUCUUUGUCUCUGUGGGGGAGGCGGGGCUAUGGGCCACACACACACACACACACACACAGUGCUAUCUUUGUGAGGGGGAGACGAGGCGGAGAAAGACAGGGAACUUGUUCCUAAACCAAAUGCCACAGCCCCUGAGUGGGAGUGUUUUGGAUUUAAACCAAAUGACAGAGGGGAGCUCAGUAAUUUGGACGAGCCGGUGUGCCGGGUUUGUUCUAAAACCAUCUCAACAAAAAGAGGGAACACGACCAACUUGACUGCACUCCUGAGAGUGAUAGAUUGACAGUCUAGUUUUUUGUAUUUAUUUAGAUAUUUUUACGUGUUAUUUCGGAUAUUCAAAUUUUCUUUUUUGCAGUCCUAAAUAUUCUUGUUAAAUAAAUGUUUAUUUCACUUUAAAGGGUGUACUUGCAUCAAUAUGCCUUUAUUAUCAUUAUAUAAGUUUAAAAAUUGUCUAAAAACAGCAAAUUGCAACAAUAAUAAAAACAGUCUUAAAAUUUGUUAUCGUGACAGGCCGAACCCCAACAGAGGGGUGACCAAA